CUUGACAAGUUCCCCAAACAUUUUGACAGUAGUGACAGUUACUUUUUUGAAUUGUGAUGGAUUAUUUUUACGGGGCCCCCCGACGGCCCCCAGCCCCCCCAACAAUAAACAGACUUGAUAGAGUACCAAUAGUGCCUGAAGUCUCAAUAAUUGAAAACCCCCCAGUAAGACCCCAAAACGUACUAAACAUCGACAAAUCUCGACUCAGACCAUCAUUUCCUUGCGAUAAUUUGAAAAAACAAGUGCGGUUUCAAAGCCCCAACUUUGAUAAUAAAGAAAACCAAUUGCCUCAACCACAGACGCUUAAAACAGCGCCUGAUUUAAACGGCAAGACUUUCAAGCAGAUUUAUAUGGCAAAUGUGCCCGACCGGCACUUGGAUCUGAGCCUUUUUGAGCCUUCCUUCUGCGAAAAACGGGCACAAGAGCCCCAAUUACCACAACUUGAAACUGUCUCUAAUUAUGCCGAAUUUAAAAGACAGUCACAAACGUGCAGUGAAUUUUCACGCCUGAAAAGUAUUGAAAAUGUCGAGCCCCAAAUACCACAACGUGAAACUGUCAAUAAUUAUGCCGAAUUCAGGCAAAGACAGUCACACCUGAGAAGUAUCGAAAAUGUUGGCUUUAGGGACAGUUAUCCGAGCGAAGUGAGACCAAGACACACAGAAAUCUGCACUCAGACUGAGCCCCCUUGCACCGAAAUCGCCCCCACGAGUGACGAGCCCACGAUUCGAGACUUGUUCAAAAUAAUCCAGCAACAAAACGAACAAAUUAUGUUGCUCCAAAGGCAGGUAAACAACCUGAAAACUAGCAUAAGACAGCCCGAGAUCGAAUCAGGGCCCCACGACGACUUGAACAACAGCCCCAAGAAGAGUUUGUUUUCGUUUGACGUCAAAGCGACAAGUUUUGAAUUUUCGUUCCGGCCCCAACAUAAUAAAUUUCGAAAACAAAACGAUUUUCUUGAGCCAAGGAUUCAGGAAAUUGUCGAAAAUUGCGCCGAAAAUCCGAAUUCGUUGCGACUAGAAGAGUCGCUAAAUGUGAGAGAUAGCUACGUUAGUGAAGUGCCGAGUAUUCAGAUUAAAAUGGAUGAGUAUCACAGUUCAGAUGACGAGGAGGAGUCUCAGGGUAAUAAUAACGUUGGGCUUACGUUCUAUAAAGACUUAAUGGAUCAGGUCCAUAAUGUUUUGAAAAAAGUCCAAAAACAGUCGGAGUGUCAAAACAGGCCUGGCCAAACUAUGAAAGCUGUGAAACAAGCAACUUUGCAACAUUUGAAAGACAUUGGCGUGAAUUUAUCGCCAAUACAGGAAUCUAGUGAGGUCACAAGAGAAAGUGAUUGUGACCAAACCGAUGUCAGUUGUGCCGUCCAACAACUCCUAAUGAAAUAUUUACCUGAAGAUAAGUUGGCCAAAGCAAUAAAUAAACCUCGUCCAAUCAAAGACAACCAAUUCAAGCCGCCCCUAAACACUGACUUUUCAUUCGCAACACUUCAAUACAUGAAAAAGUAUAACUUGAUUGAUGGGAAAAAGGGGCAACAAAGUGGGGAAACAAAUCCUAAGAUUUUAGAUGUGACAGCGCUGAAAUUGCAGCCUAAACUUUUGUAAUUAUUUUUUAUUAAAACGUAACGUUUAUGUACAAAUAAAUACUAAUCAGACUAUAA